AUGACUACUCCCACCGCUGCUGUGUCUGCGGACCAGCCAGAUGAUGCUUCAUCCACCCUGGACCUGGAAGCCGAUAAAGAGACCCCCAAUGACCAGGUGCGAAGCACUGCCCGAUCCCAGCGAAUCACCUUCGACGGUCCCAAUGUACAUGACGGCACUCGGUCUAUAUACUCCCCUGGCGACAAACGUUCCCGCAGUCGAGAUACCAUUCGCAGCACUCGCAGUAUUCCCCAGUCCCCAACGGCAGCUGGAAUCCCAAUCGAGUUCCGUACCCUUUCGUUUCAAAUCUCCGAAUCCCAGGCAGCCCCAGAACAUGUGCUGAAAGAGCGAGGAAAGGAAGAGAAAAAACCAGAUCAGGACUAUUUCGAAAGUCUGGACUUCCAUGUACUUGCCAUCGACCGGUUGUGCCAGCAGUUCAAUGUCGACGCAGGCCGUGGUUUGAGUACUGACGCGGCAGCUAAUCGUCUUCAACGCGACGGGAAGAACAUCAUCGCACACCAUGGGGAGAAUUAUGUGAAGAAGAUCCUUGGCUAUGUUUUUGGUGGCUUCUGCUCGGUCCUCUGGAUCGGCGUGAUUAUCUUCUUCAUAUGCUGGAAACCGCUCAGCAAUCCUCCCUCAGUGACAAACCUGGCCAUGGCCAUCCUGGUCAUCAUCGUCAUCAUCCUGCAAGCAUCGUUCUCCGCCUUCCAGGAUUGGUCGACAUCGCGCGUGAUGAAAUCGAUCCUGGGCCUCCUGCCUGCGGAAGCUCUUGUUCUCCGCGAAGGUAACUUGAUUAAGCUGCCAGCCACUGACCUUGUUGCGGGAGAUGUCGUCCAUAUUUCCAUUGGCAACAAGGUGCCGGCUGACAUGCGCAUCAUCAAAAGCUCGGGGGAUGUUCGAUUCGAUCGGUCCAUUCUGACGGGAGAGUCCGAUGAAGUCGAGGGUGCCACCGACGCAACCGACAAAAACUUCCUUGAGACCCGCAAUAUCGCCUUCAUGGGCACCGGUGUCACCAAUGGCAAUGCUGUUGGUGUUGUUGUCCUGACUGGGAGUCGCUCCGUCAUGGGUCGCCUGGCGUCCAUUACAGCAGACGUGAAGGAGAAGCCAACGCUCAUCCAGAAGGAGAUCACGCGCUUCGUACGGAUCAUUGUGGUGCUGACCGUCAUCCUAGCGGCAGCCAUCCUUUUCACCUGGGUGGGCUGGCUGCGCGUUGACCACCCACAAUACAUGAGCGUUGUUGAGAUGUUGAACGAUGUUAUGGGCUGCGUGGUCGCCUUCAUCCCCGAGGGUAUGCCGGUCGGCGUUGCCCUCACUUUAAUGAUCGUCGCAAAGAGGAUGAAGGCAAACAACAUCCUGCCCAAGGGACUGGCGACAGUGGAAACCCUUGGCUGCGUCAACGUGAUCUGCUCAGACAAAACCGGGACAUUGACCCAGAAUAAGAUGUUUGUGCAGUCGGUGGGCCUCGUGGACCAGGAGUUCUUUGUUGAGGAUCUGGUGGCCGCACAGCAGAAGUCGAUUCCCCUUCCAGAACCUCUUGAGCCCCUCCUGCGAGGCUCCAAGCUCUGUAACGAUGCCUUCUUUGACCAAGAAACAUUGGCCUUGCCAAUUCCUGAACGCGUCGUAAAUGGCAAUGCGACCGACGCGGCCGUUUUACGUUUGGCUGAGAUGCUCAGAGCAGAUGGACAGACCGACCUUCAUAAUUACCGACGCACCCAUCAAAUACCCUUCAACUCGAAAAACAAGUGGAUGCUUACUGUCCACCAAAAUCCGUCCUCCUCGAGCCACAGCCUCAUCUACGUCAAAGGAGCCCCAGAUGUUCUUCUGCCCAAGUGUACUUCGUACUGGUCCAAAGACGGUGUGGCCAAGCCUCUGGAUGCUGCUGCGAAGGACAUGUUUACUGCAUUCCAACAAAAGCUCUCCCGCCGCGCCCAGCGAGUCAUUGUUCUUUGCCAGCGGGAAUAUGCACCGACUGCUGCGCUGGGCACGAACCAGUUCAACGAUGAGCUGCUAGCCAAUGGCGUGCAGGACUUGACAAUUAUCGGCAUCUUUGGUAUCAUCGACCCUCCCCGUCCGGAGAUUCCUGAAACCGUGGCGGCCUGUCGACGCGCUGGCAUUCGCUUCUUCAUGGUGACCGGUGAUUUUGGUCUGACUGCUGCGGCAAUUGCACGGGACAUUGGUAUUUUCACCGGAACUGCUGAGCCGGAUACCGUCGCGGACCUGGUAUCAUCCGCAGUCGCAGCGCCAGCUGAGAAGGAUGAGGGAAGAUCGAGACGUAGUCUGCUGGUGGAAGGGUCGCAGAUCUCGACUCUUAACGAAGACCAGUGGAAUUCAAUCUGCCAGUAUGAGGAGAUUGUCUUUGCCCGUACCACUCCGGAGCAAAAGCUGCGCAUCGUCGAGGAGCUUAAGUCUCGAGACAGUGUGGUGGCCGUGACAGGCGACGGUGUCAAUGAUGCUCCCGCCUUGCGUGCAGCUGAUGUUGGAAUUGCCAUUGUCUCAGGCAGUGAUGUUGCCAUCGAAGCGGCGGACCUAGUUUUGUUGGAUAAGUUCGAUUCCAUUGUGGAGGCGAUCCGCCUGGGCCGGCUGGUCUUCCAGAACCUCCAGAAGGUCAUCGCUUAUCUGCUUCCGGCGGGCAGUUGGUCUGAGAUUUGGCCAGUGAUCAUGAACGUCUUCUUCGGCGUACCGUUGCCGCUCAGCUCCUUCCUGAUGAUCAUCAUCUGUGUGUUCACAGAUCUGUUCUUGUCGCUGUCGCUCAUCAUGGAGAAGGAAGAGUUCGACCUGCUCAGCCUUCCGCCUCGCAACCACAAAACCGACCACCUCAUUAACCUCCGCAUCUACGGACAGUCCUACCUAUUUGUCGGAGUUAUGGAAGCCUUUUGUGCCCAUAUCAUGUUCUUCCUGUACAUGUACAAGAAAGCCGGCAUCCCUUUCCACGCCCUGGUAUUCGCAUUCGAGAAAUACUCCGACGGCUUCUACGGCUACACAGAGGCCGAGCUGACGCACUUCAACUAUGUGGGACAGAGCGUGUAUUUCGUCACGUUGGUCAUCAUGCAAUGGGGCAAUAUACUCUCCGUCCGGAGCAAGCGCAUGUCCAUCCUGCAGGCCGAUCCCAUUCGCGCUAAACGCCGUAAUCCAUGGCUGCCUCUGGCUAUGCUCGUGUCCUUGGUCAUUGCUAUUUUUGUGACGGAGGUGCCUGGCCUGCAGUCACUUUUCAAUACUGCUUCCAUUCCAUUGGAAUAUUGGUUCAUUCCAUUGGGUCUGGCGAUUGGCGUCCUGGUCAUGGAUGAGUUGCGGAAGGUGUUGGUGCGCAUGUUUCCGCGGGGACCUGUUGCGAAGAUCGCGUGGUGA